AUGCCUGGUCUCGGCCCGCGGCUGUGGUCCACAUGCAAGAGCUGCAGCACCCAUCAGUGGAACGACGUUUUGCUGAAGGAGAACGGCAAGUGCCGCCGUUGCAGCCGCCCCGUGGCCCUCUUCAAGCCGAAGCCGUCCAAGGACCAGUCUCAGUCGGCCAAGGACGACACGCUGCACAUGCCAGGAGGCAAGAGCGGCAGGAGUGGCGGCAGUGGCAACAAAGCAGCAGCUGGUUCUGAGGCUGCCGAGUUGCUCGACAAGACGAUCGCCGCCACGACCGACCCAUCCAUCAAGCAGGCGCUGCAGGCUCAGCGCGCGUCGCUGGCGGCUCAGCCGCUCGGAAGGCUGAUGGGGACCUGGCGCGAUGCUGACGCCAAGCACGCGCAGGCGGUGCAGCACGUGAUCAAGUGCCGCGAGAACCUCGUCAGAGCGGAGGCCAAGGAGCGGGAGACCGCGGAGACUCUCGCCCAGGCUUCCAUCGCGAGGCAGAUCGCGGUGAAGGCGCUGGCCCAGGCAUCAGGGCUCAGCGUCGACGGUUCCCAGGAGUGCAAGCAGGACCUGUUCGAGAUCAAGUGGGACACCUCGUUCUUCGAGCCGCUGGACUCCAUGGAGAUCGAGGAGAGUGAGAGGCGCGAGCUCAAGGAGCUCGAGGAGCAGCUCAAGCAGGCGAAGGCCAAGAUCUCGGAACGCUCCGAGCAGAUGCAGGCAUGGUUGGAGCGCAUGAAGGCCAUGCAGAAGGAGGUUGUGGAGCGGACGUCCAAGAAAAGGAAGACGGUCGAGCAGGCAGUCGAGCAGACGGGCGCUGCAGCAACUCCGUCUCCCACGGCUACCGCAGGCGCCAAAGGUAGUGGGAGUGGAUCAGCAUCUUCAGCUGGCCCCUCAAUCAACGAAGCGCAGGAGAAGGCGGCCGCGCUGAGCAAGGCGCGCUUCGAGGCCGAGGAGGCCAAGAAGGCAGCUGAGCAGGUCGCCAAGAGCGCCACCGACGUCGGCGGCGGCAGCGAAGCUCGCCACUCGUACGACUUCAUGGCAUUUGUUGAGACUCAUAUCGGUGAGUCGCUCAAGCAGAAGUGGAGUGGCAAGUUCAAAGCUCAGAAGUUGAAGGCCUACCUCAACCUCGCGCGUGACACUG